CCGAUUUUCCUGAGAGUUCCUUCACAAAGCUGCCCAAACCCAGAGAGAGAGAGAGAGAGCCGGGGCGGGGGGUUAUUACAUGGAUAUGGAAACAGAGCAAACGAAGCAGAUGCAACUCCAAGCUCUCAUCUUUCUCUGCACCAUCACAGUUGCCUCAUCGGAUAUACUGCCGGGAUCUGCUCUCCAUGCAUCCGAACCAGCUCGAGCCUGGCCGUCGCCGAACAACACCUUCUCGCUUGGCUUCGCACCUACCAAACCCACGACCAAUCCGCCAACAUUCGUUGCAGCCAUCACAUACUCUGGAGGAGUGAUUGUCUGGUCUGCAGGCCAUGGCGCCACCGUGGACUCUACGGGGUCCCUCCAAUUCCUUCCCUCGGGUAAUCUCUGUCUCGUCAGUGGCUCGGGAAUCGUCAUUUGGGAGUCCAAUACAGCCGACCACGGAGUCUCCUCUGCGUCUCUCGAUGAUUUCGGGAGCUUCUCCCUCAAAACCGGCAAUGUCUCCGUCUGGUCCUCCUUCCAAAAUCCCACUGACACCGUCCUGCCGGGGCAGAACUUCUCGGCGGGCAUGGUUCUGAGAUCUGGGUCCUACUCUUUCACUCUCCUCGGGACUGGCAAUCUCACCCUGACGUGGAACGACAGCACGGUGUACUGGAACCGCGGCGUGAACUCGUCGGUCGACGGAGACCCGUGGAAGAUAUCCAACCCUAGGCAGGUUCUGAAUUUCUCUGUCAAGUUGAGCUCGCCCACUUUGGGACUGCAAUCGAUAGGGAUUCUGUCGGUUUCCGAUCCGAUGCUCGAAAGCCCCGCGAUUAUGGCUUAUAGUAGUGACUAUGUAGAAGGGAGAGACAUGUUCAGGUUUCUGAGGCUGAAUGGGGAUGGGAACUUGGGGAUUUAUAGCUCUGCCAGAGGGAGUGGAACAGCCACCAUGACUUGGGCGGCUGUGCCUGAUCGAUGUCAACUGUUUGGUUAUUGUGGACAUAUGGGGAUUUGCUAUUACAGUGAAUACGACUACGAGCCUUCCUGUGAGUGCCCAUCUAAGAAUUUCGAGCCGGUCGACGAAAAUGAUAGCAGAAAAGGGUGCAAGAGGAAGGUGGAGAUUCGAGAUUGUCCUGGCAAUUACACUAUGUUGGAGCUGAAUCACACCCAGUUCCUGCAGUUCCCUGCACAAGAUCCUGCGGAAGCGAGCGGAUCGCAAGAAGUUUUUGCGGCUAGCUCGUCGUCUUGCCAGAUGCAUUGUUUCGGAAGCAAUUCUUGCGUGGCAUCGACUUCCAUGAAUGACGGAACGCGCCACUGUUACAUCAAAUCACUUGGCUUCCUCGGCGGGUAUAGUGCUUUGAUGCUCCCAAGCACAUCGUACCUCAAGGUCUGUGGACCCGUGCUCUGGAACUCACCAAAUAAUGGCAAGACCAAGAGCAAUUACUCAAGAUUGUCUGUGAGUGUUUUGAUUCUUCUCGUUUUGGCUUCCCUUCUUGGGUUCCUUAUGUUCCAAGGUGGAUUAUGGCUGUGGUGUCGCGGUAAUGGAGCCAAGUUUGGGCGGCCAUUGCCGUGUUAUGCUCUUCUGGAGUAUGCAUCGAGCAUGCCGGUGCAAUUUUCCUUCAAGGAGAUACGGAGAUCGACAAACGGUUUCAAGGACAGAAUAGGAGCAGCAGCAGCAGGAGGAUUUGGUGUUUACUAUAAAGGGACUCUGACCAACGGGACCGUCAUCGCGGUGAAGCGGCUUGAAGGAAUCGAGCGGGGCGAGAAAGAGUUCCGGGUUGAGGCCACAAAAAUCUGUUGUACCCACCAUUUGAAUUUGGUCAGAUUGAUUGGUUUUUGCUCCGAGAGGACUAAUAGACUCCUGGUGCAUGAGUUCAUGAAAAAUGGUUCCCUUGAUAGCUUUCUCUUCACUGCAAAGGAAAAUCCGGGCAAGCUACUGAGUUGGAAUAAGAGAUUCGCCAUCGCCAUCGGCGUCGCGAGGGGAAUCAGGUACCUUCACGAGGAGUGCCAAGAACCCGUAAUUCACGGCGAUAUAAAGCCGGAGAACAUCCUUCUGGAUGAGAGCUACAAUGCCAGGGUGUCGGAUUUCGGCCUCGCAAAGCUUUUGAGUCCAGGCGACAACACCGGCCCGGCUUCGCCCAGCAUUGGAGGUACGGGAGGAUACUUAGCCCCCGAACAGCUCGCCAACCAGCCUGCGACGCCAAAGUCGGACGUCUAUAGCUUCGGAUUGGUGCUAUUGGAGACUGUGGGCGGCAGGAGGAACUUCGAAGUCUUGGCCGGAACGGACGGGAGGAAGUUCUCUGAAUGGGCUCGCGAGGAGCACGGAAAGGGCAACGCAAGAGGGAUCAUAGACGAGAGGCUUCUGGAGGAUGAUUGGAACGCGGCGGAUUUUGACCAAGCGAGAAGAGUGGUGGCGGUGAGCUUCCGGUGCGCUCAAGAACAACCUUCGUUGAGGCCAAGGAUGGGAAGAGUAGUGCAGAUGCUUGAGGGAGCCAUGGAGGUUGAGAGACCACCACCACCACCAUCUCCAAAAUCUGCUGAUGAAUUAUGUCUGUUCUUAACGUGAAGUCAGCUCAUUGUGAAU